AGCUCAGCUGCUUCGUGAUUCAGGUUGCUUCGGUUCGGUAUUUACGGUUACAGCUGGGUUUUUUUUUUUUAGCGGCGGGGCGUUUCAGCGGCGGCGGCAGAGGAUCCUAGCCAACGGGCUUUGGCAGCUGAACCACUGAGAGGCGGCAUGAAGACGGUUAAUCGGGCCCGAGUUUAAAGUUUGUCGCCGUUGGCAGUCUUUAGCAGCAGCAUUACCGAAAGGUUAGCUAACCUGCUAAAGCUAACACAACAACAACAGCAGCAGCAGCAGCCUCAACAGCGGCAGACGUGUUGAGGUGUGAUGGGUAACCAGCUGGCAGGGAUUGCCCCUUCUCAGAUCCUCUCAGUUGACAGCUACUUCUCUGAUAUCCACGACCAUGAGUACGAUAAGAGUCUGGGCAGCACCCGUUUCUUCAAGGUGGCACGGGCCAAACACCGGGAGGGCCUGGUCGUGGUGAAGGUCUUCGCCAUCCAGGAUCCGUCGCUGCCGCUGACCAGCUACAAACAGGAGCUGGAAGAGCUGAAGAUUCGGCUGCACUCCUGCCAGAACUGCCUGCCCUUUCAGAAGACGUCACUGACGGAGAAAGCUGCCAUCCUGUUCCGUCAGUAUGUCCGGGACAACCUCUAUGAUCGCAUCAGCACACGACCCUUCCUUAACAAUGUAGAGAAGCGUUGGCUUGCCUUCCAGAUCCUCAACGCCGUUGACCAGGCGCACAAGGCCGGCGUCCGCCAUGGAGACAUUAAGACAGAGAAUGUAAUGGUGACCAGCUGGAACUGGGUGCUGCUCACUGACUUCGCCAGCUUUAAGCCCACAUACCUGCCGGAGGACAACCCCGCUGAUUUCAACUACUUCUUCGACACGUCCAGACGGAGAACGUGCUAUAUUGCCCCCGAGAGGUUUGUGGAUGGAAGCAUGUUCACGACAGAGAGCGACCAGAACACGCCGCUUGUUGACCUGACAAACAACAACCAGAGGAGCAGGGGGGAGCUCAAACAGGCCAUGGACAUCUUCUCUGCAGGCUGUGUGAUCGCAGAGUUGUUCACGGAGGGCGUUCCUCUCUUCGAUCUGUCGCAGCUGCUGGCAUAUCGUAAAGGACUCUUCCAGACGGAGCAGGUCCUCAUGAAGAUCGAGGACCGGAGCAUCCGAGAGCUGGUGGCUCAGAUGGUUCAGCGGGAGCCGGAGAAGCGUCUGACAGCCGAGGAGUAUCUGAAGCAGCAGAGAGGGAAAGCUUUCCCCGACAUCUUCUACACCUUCCUGCAGCCCUACAUGGCUCAGUUCGCCAAAGAGACGUUCCAGUCUGCAGACGAAAGAGUGCUUGUGAUCCGCAAAGACCUUGACAACAUCCUACACAAUCUGCGAGGAGGCUCCUCCUCCUCUUCGUCAGUGUCACAGGAUGGCAGCGAUGGCAUGCUGAGCUCCCGUGAGGAGCAGGGCCUCAUUGUCCUGGUGUCCGUCAUCACGUCCUGUCUGCAAACACUGCACUCCUGCGACUCAAAGCUGGCUGCACUGGAGCUCAUCCUUCAUCUGGCGCCGCGUCUAGGCGUUGACAUCCUGCUGGACCGCAUCACGCCUUACCUGCUGCACUUCUGCAAUGACCCCGUGCCCCGUGUGCGCGCUCAGGCUGUGCGUACUCUGGCCAAGGUGCUGGCGCUGGUGAAGGAGGUGCCGAGGAACGAUGUCAACAUCUACCCAGAGUACAUCCUGCCGGGUAUUGCACACCUCGCCCAGGAUGACGCCACCAUCGUCAGGUUGGCGUACGCAGAGAACAUCGCCCACCUGGCAGAGAGUGCACUGCGUUUCUUGGAGCUGGUUCAGGAAAACAACGUGAACACAGAGCAGGACCUGAGCAGUGAGGAUGCUGAGGAAACUCUCCACCCCAAUGAAAACUACGACUCGGAGCUGCAGGCGCUGCACGAGAUGGUGCAGCAGAAAGUGGUGACGCUGCUCAGUGACUCGGAGAACAUAGUCAAGCAGUCGCUAAUGGAGAACGGCAUCACGCGUCUCUGCGUCUUCUUUGGCCGACAGAAAGCCAACGACGUCCUGCUGUCUCACAUGAUCACAUUCCUCAACGACAAGAACGACUGGCACCUUCGGGGAGCGUUCUUCGACAGCAUCGUGGGUGUGGCGGCGUACGUGGGCUGGCAGAGUUCCUCCAUCCUGAAGCCUCUCCUGCAGCAGGGUCUGAGUGACACCGAGGAGUUUGUCAUCUACAAAGCUCUGAACGCUCUUACCUGUAUGUGCCAGCUGGGCCUGUUGCAGAAACCUCACAUCUACGAGUUUGUCAGCGACAUCGCUCCGUUCUUGUGUCACCCCAACCUGUGGAUCCGUUACGGGGCGGUGGGCUUCAUCACCGUGGUUGCACAGCACCUCAACGUGGCUGACGUCUACUGCAAACUGAUGCCUCAUCUCAACCCCUUCAUCACCCAGCCCAUCAUCCAAAUCGAUAAGGAGCUGGUCCUGCUGAGUGUCCUGAAGGAACCGGUGAGUCGCUCCAUCUUUGACUACGCCCUGCGCUCCAAAGACAUCGCCAGCCUCUUCAGACACCUGCUGCUGCGACAGAAGAAGCGUGCAGGUUCGAUCCCAGAGUGUCCCACACCUGAGGACCCGGCCAUCGCUCAGCUGCUCAAGAAGCUGCUGUCACAGGGGAUGACUGAGGCGGAGGAGGACAAGCUGCUGGCGCUCAAAGACUUUAUGCUGAAAUCCAACAAAGCCAAAGCCAACAUGGGCGAGCAGAGCCACCUGGGGGAGGCGGUGCAGACCGGCGUCAUCGACCUGGCGACGCUCGGCAUCACCGGCCGCCAAGUCGACCUGGUCAAACCCAAGGCUGAAGCCGAGGACAAGAGAGAGUCCGUCGCUGCAGCAUCUGCGAGGAAGCACACGAAGCAGGACUCCACCAUGAACGAGGAGUGGAAGAGCAUGUUUGGAUCUCAGGAACCGCCAUCCUCACAGGCCGUCACGGCCACUGACGGGCCGGUGAGUCAGAUCAGGAAGAGUGCUGUAGCUCCGGCAGUUCCUGUGUUACAGUCGGUGGCGAGUGGUCCGGCCUAUCAGCGACGCAUCAACACCUGCAAGGCAGAGCUGCAGCAGCUGGUGCAGCAGAAGAGGGAGCAGUGCAGCGCCGAGCGCAUGGCCAAGCACAUGAUGGAGAGCGCCGAGUGGGAGAGCCGACCACCUCCACCCGGUUGGCAUCCCAAAGGUCUGCUGGUCGCUCAUCUCCACGAACACAAAGCAGCGGUAAAUCGCAUCCGGGUCUCAGAUGAACAUUCGAUCUUCGCCACGGCGUCCAACGACGGCACCGUCAAAGUCUGGGACAGUCAGAAGAUGGAGGGAAAGACCACGACCACCAGGUCUGUGUUGACUUACUCUCGUAUUGGAGGUCACGUGAAGACGCUCACCUUCUGUCAGGGCUCACAUUACCUGGCAGUGGCCUCAGAUAACGGAUCCAUCCAGCUGCUCGCAGUCGAAGCAAAUAAACCACCAAAGUCUCCCAAAGUGCAGCCCUUCCAGACCAGGUCUCUGGACCUGCAGGAGGACGGCUGUGCGGUCGACAUCCACCACUUCAACUCGGGCGCCCAGUCGGUGCUGGCGUACGCCACCGUCAACGGCUCGCUGGUCGGCUGGGACCUUCGCUCCAACUCCAACGCCUGGACGCUGCGACACGACCUCCGCCUCGGACUCAUCACCUCCUUCACCGUGGACAUGCACCAGUGCUGGCUCUGCCUGGGAACCAGCAGCGGCACCAUGGCCUGCUGGGAUAUGCGGUUCCAGCUCCCCAUCUCAAACCACUCCCACCCUGCCAGAGCACGAAUCAGACGGCUGCUGAUGCACCCGCUCUACCAAUCAUCUGUAAUCGCAGCCGUUCAGGGGAACAACGAAGUCUCCAUGUGGGACAUGGAGACCGGAGAUCGUAAAUUCACCCUGUGGGCGAGUUCUGCACCUCCACUAUCUGAGAUGCAGCCGUCGCCUCACAGUGUUCACGGGAUCUACUGCAGUCCUGCUGAUGGGAAUCCUCUGCUGCUGACGGCCGGAUCUGACAUGAGAAUCAGGUUCUGGGAUCUGGCCUAUCCAGAGAGGUCGUACAUCGUAGCAGGAGGAGCCAACGAUUCGCUGCACUGUCCGUCUGUCCUGUACAGCCGCAAGAUCAUAGAAGGAACCGAGGUCGUACAGGAGAUUCACAGUAAACAGAAGAGCGGUGUUGUGGAGGAUUCUCCUCGCCGCGGCCCAGAAUCUCUUCCUGUAGGACACCAUGACAUCAUCACUGACAUCGCCACCUUCCAGACCACGCAGGGCUUCAUCGUCACCUCGUCCAGAGACGGCAUCGUCAAGGUGUGGAAGUGAAGAAGAACAGCGACAACACAACACCAUGACAACACACACAUAUGUGUAAUGUGUGUUCAACUUCCAGUUCAUCUUAAGAGUCUGACUGAAAGAUGCAGUUUCUGUUAUUUCAACAAAACCAGUGUGUGAAUCGCAGCAACAGCAUGAAACCCCACAGCUACAGGAAACAUCUGUGUGUUACAAAUGUUUGUUAAUUUUAGUUUUUUUCCGUUUGAGCUCAUCUUGUGUUAAAGUCGCUUUAUAUUUGUGAGAUGUUGGUCUUCAUUAUGUAAGAACACAAGUCAAGCCUGAUUGAGUUCAUUUUAAGACCAUUAAAUGACUGUUUGUUGGCAGGUCAGCCACAAAAAACUUUUGAAUUUUUUUUUUUGCUCUUUGAGUUUGUACAUACAUUUUAAAUGUGAGUAAUUAAUAAUGUGAGGCGGCCUCCUGUCUGUGGGUGUUUGAGUGCUGAGAGGUUUGUGGAUGCAUGUGAACGUGUCUGUGUUGAAACAGCAGCUUUUGACUCAGUAACGCCGAUAAAAACCAAGAGCUCCUUUAUUUGUGACUUCCACUAAAAAACUGAUGAAAAUAAGUUUGCCAGGGUUCUGACUGAUAACAGACUAUUAAAUAAUGAAAAUAAUCGUUUAAAUAUUCCUUUAAACAAUCCUUUUAGGUCUACAUUUCCUUUAUACUGACUUCUUGGUAUAUGUACAGGUAUUUUGGGUGGAAUAUACCAUUAAGCCCAAUGUUCAAUGGUUCUUCUGGGAAUAUACCAUUAAACCAACCUUUUAGGUAAAUGUUCCAGGAUGCUGGGUAGAAUAUACCAUCAGAUCAACCUUUUAGGUCUACAUUGGAAGAUUUUAGAGUAGAAUAUUACUCCAAACCAUCCUUUAGGUCUACAUUUAAGGUGGAAUACUCCUUUACACCAAGAUUUUUUGAUCUACAUUGAAGGAUUUUAGGUGGAAUAUUCCUUUGAAUGAACUUUUUAAGUUUAUGUUCAAGGAUGUUGGGUGAAAUAUACCAUCAGACCAACCUCCAAGGUCUACAGUAGUGAAUUUUAGGUGGAAUAUACCAUUAAACUCACCUUUUAGGUCUACAUUGGAGGAUUUUAGGUGGAAUUUUCUUCCAAACCGUCUUUUAGUCUACAUUUAAGGAUGUUUAGGAUGGUAUAUUCUUCCAAACCAACUUCUCAGGUUUACAUUUCAGGUGGAAUAUUCCUCCAUACUAACUUUUUUGGUCUACAUUGAAGGAUUUUUUUCUAAACCACCCUUUGGGGUCUAUAUUUGAGGUUUUAGGUGGAAUAUUCCUUUUAACCAGCCCCUCAGGUCUCUUUGAGGAUUUUGGAUGGAAUACUCGGUUAAACCAACAUUUUAGGUGCAUGCCCAAGGAUUUUUGGUGGAAUGUUCCUUUAAGGUGGAUGUUUGAGGACCUUGUAGGUGGAAUACUUCCUGAAACCAACCUUUUAGGUCAACAGACUAAAUGACAAAUCCACAACUGUAAUUUUAUUUCAGGACUCGGUUAUUAAAUGUCAAAACAAUCCAUGUGACUCUAAAAACUCAACAGCUGUACAAACUCUAAGAUUAAACUCUCCACAAGGAUCUAAAAUAAGUUGGACUUCUACAUGAGAGCUUCAAUUAUUCUUCAUCUACUUCCUGAAAAGUUUGGUCAAUAAAAAAGACAAAAACUAAUAUUUUCAGCUGAACUAAAGACAGACUUUGUGAUUUUUCUGCUCACAUGUUGUGUUGUUGUAAACUUACUCUUUCAAAUAAAUAGCCUACUAACCCCCUGGAAA